AAUUGUUCAAAAUAUUUUCAGUUAGCAGUCUAAAGUGCAUAUUGUGUAACAUUAUUAACUGUAUCAGUAUGGUUGGUGUGCCCAGUCGGCGGAUAAUUUUAAAGGUCGUUGUGUAUACUGCACCGCUUGCUUGCAUGGUUUUCUAUGCGCGGUUACAGUAUUUGCAGUGCAAAGUGUUUUUGAUAAAUCAUCUUCGGACACCAAAGAAUCUCCGAUGACCCUUGCGAGAUGCGCGAUGUGCCCAAAUGAAAGCAAUAACAUAAUAUAGUCCGCUGAUAUUGCUCACAGACUUUCUCUUUCUUUUGGGGUUGCCUGAUGAAAAGAUCGCGUUUCAGUAGAGAUUUCACUGAUUUACCUUGUAGUUAUCAUUUAUUCAAAUACACUUCUUAUAGUUAGUGAAUCUCUUCGUUUUUACAUAGUUUCGAACUUUCGCCCAAUCUGCAGUUUAUUGUACACCAACCGAAAACCAUGAUGUUCCGUUUAUCCUCGCAUUGGAAUGCCUUUCUGCUUUAUUUAUUUGCCUUUUUAGGAACGAUACUAGCUUAUGGAGAGGGGCCAAUGGGGAUGAACAGUUACGGUGGGGGUGGCAGUAUGGGAGGUUACGGGGGCGGCGGCGCCAUGGGAAGUUACAGUGGUGGCGGCAAUGGUUAUGGCGGUCCCUAUAGCAAUUACGGUGACGAUGGCGGAUGGAUGGAUGUGGGAAAAUUGGACUGGGGCCCAGUAUCACCAGUGCCGUAUUGGCCGCUACCGUUUUUGCCACCUGCAUGGCCGUUGUUCCCUAAUCGCGAUUUCGCCUAUGGUUACUAUCCAUUUCCCUUCACAUGGGGCUUUCCUGGGUACUCUCGUGGUUUCUAUGGCGGUUUUGGAAGGAGCGGCUAUUAACAAAUUUAAUUGAGCUUAAUUAAUAAGAUCUCCACAGUAUGCUUCAAUGAUGUUUGCACUGACAGUUAUUUUCGUUGUUACCGUGAUCUGAAACAUAAAUAUAUGCCUACCGGCUUUGCCUAAACGUCUAGUUGGUGCGUAUGUAAAACCUUCUGUAGCGUGUUUAACGAUGAGUUUUAUGUAAAUACCACAAUACUUUUGCUGAUUGCGGAUUUGCGGUGAUACUUUGCGUGAAAUAAAUUUCGC